AAUGAAUUCCCGAGCGACAUCUUCACAAAUGAGGAUCGGCGGCACGGAGCAGUAUUCUUGCACGCUUUCUGUGCUGUCUACAUGUUCUAUGCUUUGGCGAUUGUUUGUGAUGAUUUCUUUGUCCCUUCAUUGGAAAAGAUUUGCGAACGUUUGCAUCUCAGCGAAGACGUUGCGGGCGCGACGUUCAUGGCGGCCGGCAGCUCUGCUCCAGAACUCUUUACCUCUGUUAUAGGUGUGUUUAUCACAAAGGGAGAUGUUGGGGUUGGAACCAUUGUUGGCUCUGCUGUAUUCAACAUUCUCUGCAUCAUUGGGGUAUGCGGCCUCUUCGCUGGACAGGUCAUCGUUCUUUCAUCCUGGUGUCUCCUGAGGGAUUCAGUCUACUAUACCUUCUCUGUCAUUGCACUUAUUUUGUUUAUUUAUGAUGAAAGAGUUUACUGGUGGGAGUCCUUAAUUCUAGUGAUGAUGUACGUCUUCUACAUCGUCAUCAUGAAGUUUAAUGCCUGCCUACAGCACCUGUUCGAAAGAAGAACAAAGAAUGCUACGAAUAUGGUGAACGGAUUAGCAAACAACACCGAGAUUGAUGACAACAGUAACUGUGAUGCUACGGUGGUAUUGCUAAAGAAAGGUAACUGUUCUAGAAAUUUCCAUCGUAAAGCUUCCGUGAUCAUGGUGGAUGAAUUGCUGUCUGCCUAUCCACACCAGCUUUCCUUUUCAGAAGCCGGGCUCCGGAUUAUGAUAACCAGUCACUUCCCUCCCAGGACCCGGCUCUCCAUGGCCAGCCGCAUGCUGAUCAACGAGAGGCAAAGACUGAUAAACAGCAGAGUCUACACCAACGGGGAGUCUGAGGUGGCUAUCAAGGUCCCCAUCAACAUCAAGCGUACCAUGGAGAACGGAUCCGGGCCCAGCAACUCCGCCGACAGAGGUGUGAGCGGAACCCGAAGAGACGAGGCUGCCGCCGAAGCCGGGAAUGAAACCGAGAACGAGAACGAAGACAACGAAAACAACGAGAAUGACGAAGAGGAGGAGGAAGAGGAGGAAGACAGUGGCCCUUACACACCCUUUGACCCACCAUCAGGAAAGAUGGAAGUUGCCAAGUGGCUGUUCUCCUGGCCCCUGUGUCUCCUUAUGUACUUCACGGUACCCAACUGUAAUAAGCCCCGCUGGGAGAAAUGGUUCCUGAUCACCUUCACUGCAUCUACCCUUUGGAUCGCAGCCUUUUCCUAUGUGAUGGUAUGGAUGGUCACCAUCAUUGGCUACACGUUGGGUAUUCCAGAUGUGAUCAUGGGAAUCACCUUUCUGGCAGCUGGAACCAGCGUACCGGACUGCAUGGCGAGCCUUAUUGUAGCAAGACAAGGCAUGGGAGACAUGGCUGUGUCGAACUCCAUCGGAAGCAACGUUUUUGACAUUCUGAUCGGCCUUGGCCUUCCAUGGUCCCUACAGACCCUAGCAGUAAAUUAUGGCUCCUCUAUUCAGUUGAACAGUCGGGGACUUAUCUAUUCUGUGGGCCUGCUGCUGGCAUCAGUUUUUGUCACUGUGUUUGGUGUUCACUUGAACAAGUGGAAGCUGGAUAAGAAGCUGGGGACCGUGUGCCUUUUCCUCUAUGGCAUCUUUUUGUGUUUCUCCAUCUUGACAGAGUUUAACGUCUUCACUUUUGUGAACUUGCCCAUGUGCAGAGAUCACUGAUUGUGUGGACGAGACUGCUGAGAGGCCAUCUUCCUUCGUUACUUGUGCAAUACGGACGGUGUUGGACAUCUCCGAGCGGUGUGCCCCGGGAAGGCCGGGAAGGACACCCCCCCUUGCUGUUCAUCGAGCCCUCUUCCUGCCUGGGUUGAGCCUCUCUCUAAACCAGCCCCUUCACACAGACACAAGAAUUAUCUGGAAACUUCCUGCACUGAUGUGAAGAUUUACAAACUCAGAUAUUGUGAACAGUGACUUGGAGUCUAAGCGAACUAGCCUCUGCCUGGCACUGAGCCAGAGAAACAGAAUUGCUACCGUUUCUUCUUCUUCUUCUUCUGUUUUUUUUAACUUAUUUGAUGGAAGACUUAUCUAAUUUAUGAACUGAGACUUUUGCUAGGUGACAAAGAAGAGGGUACAUUUUGUUGGGUGCUUUUUUUUUUUUUUUGAGGAAAACAGGAGUCUGUUUCCUUCUCUCCCCCUCCCCGCCCCUGAGGUCAACCAACUUUCUUGCAGCUCCCGUAUCCUUCCGAGUGCUCCAUUUCAUUGGACGAGUCAAAGGACAGAAAUGGUGGUAUGGGAGCUCAGUUCCAGGUACCUGGUAUUGGAGUGGAUCUUGUGUUUACUGAAAGAAAACAUGGCAGAUAGGAGUACAAAAUGGCUUCCUUACGGGAAACGUCUCACUUAGAGGGAUUCAAGAGCGACCCUAAGGCAGUCUGUAGACGUGAACACUGCUGCUGUUUUAUUCCUCAGAUCAGAACCUGAUUGCCAAGUGGUUUGUUGUAUUUCCGAGCAAUAGUUUUCAUCUUAACAGCCCUGGAAGUCUGAGGUGGAGCUCUGUUUUUGUUUUUAUUUUCAGUAGUUUGAAAUGCAAGAUUGGAUGCAAAGCCCGGACUGACCACUUGGGGUUUCUUAAUAUUAAUAGUUUCUGUAGCACUUUUAGUUUGAAAAGAGCUUUACAACCCUUACCUCUUUGCCCUGACAACAAUCUGACGAGGUUAAGUCACUAAUAUUCCCAUGUUUCCGAUGGGGAACUGAGACUGAGGGAAAAUGGUAUGCCCGAGACCAAUGAACAAGCAUGUCCAUGACCGAGUGAGGCUUUGAACCAUAGACGCUCCGUCAACCGGAUGACGCUGCCUCUUGGUGUAAUGGGGGGUGGGGGAAGGGGGGGAAGGGUAUGUAAAGUUACUUUGUUUUUAAAACAUUAGUUGUAGACACUGGUUUCUGAAAGGCAUAUUUUGCACAGAUAUUAUUACUGAUGUUAUCAUUUGCCACUCCACAAAGGAUACACUGGAUUUGGGUAGGGAUCCCCCCCCUCCCCCCGUACAGCCAAGUGGGCACAAUCCAUGAAGAAGGUCGUCUUCACAAGCCUCUUUUUAGGAAAUCUUCCUGGUGGAUUGUGUUGUUUAUCUGCUCCAAAAUUGCUUAGAAUUGUCCCACGUUCUCCUGGAGGCUGGGGCAACCGGGAGCCAUGGGCCAUUGCAAAGACAGGCUACCGAGUAGCUAAGGUGGUGAUGAAAGGUUUGCUCUUCAGUGCCCUGUGCCCCCGUGGAUCUUGUCAUAGUUUUGCCCUGUUCGUACUGCAGACGAGAGAAAUUUUGGGAGAGUCACCAAUUGGUAUCCCAUUUUCACAGUUAAUCAUGAAAUCAUGACCAAUGUUCCCUCUAAGCUGUGGAAUCUUGUGAGCAAAAAUUCUACUCUGUGAG